GCACUGCGGCACGGGGCCCGCUCACAGAGCGCCGGGAGCUGGCGGUUGGGCUACCUGGGCGGCCGCCUCCCUCCGGCUGCGGGCUCGGGCGGGACGGUCCGCGUGGUGCGCGCUCCUCUCCGAUACUGACUGAAUCAGUGCUUUGCAGUGUUUUUCAGUGCUCGCCAGAAAGCUGAGAUAUGCCUACUGUUGAGAGUGAAGCCAAAGUAAAAACCAAAGUUCGCUUUGAAGAAUUAUUUAAGGCCCACAAUGAUCUAAUACGUGAAAGAAAAAAACUAAAGAAAAAACUUGCCAAAUCUAGAGAAAACAUCUCAUUUGCCACAGUUAGAAGCAAUCUUCAGAAUAUUAAAGAAACUAUAAGUGAUGAUAUAAGUUGUACUAACACUAAUAACUCAGAGAAGAGCCUACGAGUCACUAAAAACAAACUGAGGAAUACACAAUCAGCAGCUGAAGAUCCAAAUGGUGAUGUCAGUGUAGAGGAAGACAAGCAAGGGAAGCCAAAUAAAAAAGUGACAACGCCCACACAAGAAAUGGAACCAGAAGCUCCUGAGAAGGUGGCGUCCACACAUCAGAAAAGUGAUAAGGCAAAUGAGAGGAGAGAAAAAAACGAUUUAGAAGAACAACUGGUGGAAGCAUAUCAGCUCCAGGUAGCUGAAGAAAUGGCAAAGGAUAUUAAGAAGAAAAUAAGAAAGAAACUUAAAGAACAGCUGACCUAUUUUCCCUCAGAUACUUUAUUGCAUGAUGACAAAUUGAGCAGUGAAAAAAGAAAAAAGAAAAAAAAGAAAGUUCUAGCCCUUUCUAAACCUGAAAUGAGCACACUGACCAUCUGUGAUGAUGCAGUUGAAGGUGAGCAGAAGGAAUGUCCAGUUGGAGCAGUCACUUCUGAUUGUCAUAAAGAUGAUGAAAUAAACUCAACAGAGCAAAAUGUAGAUGAGAACAUGCCAGAUAACAUAAAAUCCAAGCCCAAAAAAGUAAAAAAGAAGACUAAAGCAGUUUCAGAUGAUAAUGAAGACAUUGAUGGAGAUGGUGUUCAUGAAAUAACAAGCCGGGAUAGUCCAGUUUAUCCCAAAUGUUUGCUUGAUGAUGAUCUUGUCUUGGGAGUUUAUAUUCACCGAACUGAUCGACUUAAAUCAGAUUUUAUGAUUUCUCACCCCAUGGUAAAGAUUCAUGUAGUUGAUGAGACCACUGGUCAAUAUGUCAAGAAAGAUGAUAGUGAACGUCCUGUUUCAUCUUACUAUGAAAAAGAGAAUGUGGAUUAUAUUCUUCCUAUUAUGACCCAGCCAUAUGAUUUUAAACAGUUAAAAUCAAGACUUCCAGAGUGGGAAGAACAAAUUAUAUUUAAUGAAAAUUUUCCCUAUUUACUUCGAGAUUUUGAUGAGAGUCCUAAAGUCAUCCUGUUUUUUGAGAUUCUUGACUUUUUAAGCAUGGAUGAAAUUAAGAAUAACUCUGAGGUUCAAAACCAAGAAUGUGGCUUUCGGAAAAUUGCCUGGGCAUUUCUUAAGCUUCUGGGAGCCAAUGGAAAUGCAAACAUCAAUUCAAAACUUCGCUUGCAGCUGUACUACCCACCUACUAAGCCUCGAUCCCAAUUGAAUGUUGUUGAAGUUUUCGAAUGGUGGUCCAAAUGUCCAAGAAAUCGUUACCCAUCAACCUUGUAUGUAACUGUGCGAGGAUUGAAAGUUCCAGACUGUAUAAAGCCAUCUUACCGUUCUAUGAUGGCUCUUCAGGAGGAAAAAGGUAAACCAGUAUAUUGUGAACAUCACUGUGAGUCAAGCUCAGUAGACACAGAACCUGGAUUAGAAGAUUCAAAGGAAGUAGUAAAGUGGAAACGACUGCCUGGGCAGGCUUGCCGUAUCCCAAACAAGCAUCUCUUCUCACUAAACGCAGGAGAACGAGGGUGUUUUUGUCUUGAUUUCUCCCAUAAUGGAAGAAUAUUAGCAGCAGCCUGUGCCAGCCGGGAUGGAUAUCCAAUUAUAUUAUAUGAAAUCCCUUCUGGACGUUUCAUGAGAGAACUGUGUGGCCACCUUAACAUCAUUUAUGACCUUUGCUGGUCCAAAGAUGAUCGCUGUAUCCUUACUUCAUCAUCUGAUGGCACUGCCAGGAUAUGGAAAAAUGAAAUAAACAAUACAAAUACUUUCAGAGUUUUGCCUCACCCUUCUUUUGUUUACACGGCUAAGUUCCAUCCUGCUACAAGAGAGCUGGUGGUUACAGGAUGCUAUGAUUCUAUAAUUCGGAUAUGGAAAGUUGAUAUGAAAGAAGAUGUAGCCACACUGGUCCGACAGGUUGAUGCUCACAAGAGUUUUAUAAACUCUGUCUGUUUUGAUGAUGAAGGUCAUCACAUGUAUUCAGGAGAUUGCACAGGGGUGAUUGUUGUUUGGAAUACUUACGUGAAAGCUAAUGAUUUGCAGCAUUCAGUGCGCCACUGGACUAUAAAUAAGGAAAUUAAAGAAACUGAAUUUAAGGGAAUUCCAAUAAGUUAUUUGAAGGUUCAUCCCAAUGGAAAACGUUUACUGAUCCAUACCAAAGACAGUACUUUGAGAAUUAUGGAUCUCCGAAUAUUAGCAGCAAGGAAAUUUGUAGGUGCAGCAAAUUACCGGGAGAAGAUUCAUAGCACUUUGACACCAUGUGGGACCUUUCUUUUUGCUGGAAGUGAGGAUGGUGUAGUAUAUGUUUGGAACCCAGAAACAGGAGAACAAGUAGCAGUAUAUUCUGACCUGCCAUUUAAGUCACCCAUUCGAGACAUUUCUUACCAUCCAUUUGAAAAUAUGGUUGCAUUUUGUGCAUUUGGGCAGAAUGAGCCAAUUCUUCUUUAUAUUUAUGAUUUCCAUGUAGCCCAGCAGGAAGCUGAAAUGUUCAAACGCUACAAUGGAACAUUUCCAUUACCUGGAAUACACCAAAGUCAAGAUGCAUUAUGCACCUGUCCUAAACUACCCCAUCAAGGCUCUUUUCAGAUUGAUGAAUUUGUCCACACUGAAAAUUCUUCAACAAAGAUGCAGUUAGUGAAACAGAGACUCGAAACUGUCACAGAGGUGAUACGAUCCUGUGCUGCAAAAGUCAACAAAAAUCUUUCCCUUACUUCACCACCACCAGCCUCCUCACAACAACCUAAGUUAAAACAGCCUAACCUGCUGACCCCUGAGGAGAUUCUACAGCAGUUUGGUUUCACUCAGACUG